AUGUUGCAAAAGGCCCCCAUCAGGAUCGGGAAUGUGUCUGGCGCCACCGGCGACCACCCUCAUGCGAUGCUUCGCAUGGUCCGGUCAGGCAAUGUGGAUGUCAUUACGGGCGACUGGCUCUCAGAAAUGAACAUUGCCUGGAAUGCCAUCACCAAGCAAGAAGUCGACCCGAACCUGGGCUACGAGAAUGGUUUCUUUGAGCAGCUGGAGGAGUGCCUUGAUGGCAUAAUGGAGAGGAAUAUCAGAGUCGUCACAAACGCCGGAGCGCUCAAUACGCAGAUGCUGUACCAGAAAGUGCAGAAGCUUUGCCAUGAUCGAGGCUACGGCGACUCCGUGGUGGCAGCUGUUCUUGGGGACGAUGUGUCCGAUAUCGUUAUGGCGGACGGCGGCAAAGCCUUACCUAUCUCACAUCUGGAUCAUCCCGAUCAAAGUCUUUCUGACUGGGGGUUUUCUCCCUGUUGCGCUACAGCUUACAUCGGCUGUUGGGGUAUUGUUAGGGCACUCCGCGCUGGUGCUCAGAUUGUCAUAUGCGGACGCUGCACGGACGCCUCGCCUGUAAUGGGUGCCGCGGCAUGGUAUCACGGGUGGGGAGAGGAUCAGUACGAGGAGCUUGCAGGCUCGUUACUUGCCGCCCAUCUCAUAGAAUGCGGCCCAUAUGUUGUGGGAGCAAACUUCUCGGGCUUCAAGGAAUUCCUUCCAGACCUCGUCGACCUGGCGUUCCCCAUUGCCGAGAUCGAUGGCACGGGCAGAUGCAAGAUCAGCAAGACAGAGGAAGGAGGAGGUCAUGUGACGAAAAAUACAGUGAUAGCACAGCUUCUGUACGAGCUUCAAGGCCACCUCUACCUGAACCCUGAUGUCGUGGCGGACCUUUCUGGCGUCUCUGUCGAGACCGUGGCAGAAAACUGCAUCUCUGUCGCGGGUGUCCGGGGCCUCCCUCCCCCUUCUACUACAAAGGUCAUGAUAGCGGCCAAGGGGGGGUUCCAGGCAGAGGCUACAUUCUACAUCAAUGGACUAGAUGUGCAAGAAAAAGCAGACAUGAUGCGUAGGCAGCUUGAAAAUGCUUAUAAGAACAGCAACUUUAGCCGCCUCAGCAUUGAGCUGUACGGCACUCCCACGUCCAAUCCACAGUCACAGCAAGAAGGGACCGUCUUCUUGCGAGUUUUCGCCCAGGCCCGAAGACUCGAGGAUAUCUCAGUUCACAAAUUCAAAAUACCCAUUUAUGCGUUGAGAAUGCAGAGUUACCCUGGCUAUCACAUGAAUCUAGAUUUCCGAACCAUGGAGCCCAAACCAUUCAUGGAAAUGUUUCCCGCUCUGAUGCCUGUCUCAGCCAUCGACCAUCGCGUCGAGAUGAGCAACGGAACAACUUGCAAGAUCAAUCCUCCGAGCAAUACAAAGACGUACCCCGUAAUACGUCCUUCCUCUGACACAUUGGAGCCUGCUGAUCUUCUAAGCUUCGGGCCAACAAAAUUCACCGCUCUUGGGACCAUUGUUCAUGGGCGAUCCGGCGACAAGGGAGACAACUCAAACGUUGGCUUCUUCGUGCGCAAUGAGGAUGAGUACGAGUGGCUCCGCUCACUGCUUUCGGUAGCCACAUUCAAAAAGCUCUUGGGAAAUGAUUGGUUCAAGGGGAAUACAGAUCGACGCGUUGAGCGAGUAGAAUUUCCUGGCAUCCUGGCCGUUCACUUCCGUGUCCUUGACAACCUGAACGGUGGUAUUGCUUCGUCAGAUCGUGUGGAUGGUCUAGGCAAAGGCGUAGCCGAGUACCUUCGGUCUAAAUAUGUCGACAUUCCCCUCGUAUUUCUUGAACGAGGAAGCAUCUAA